GGUUCGAACAGGAAGUCGAGUCAGAGUGAUGUCUAAGAAGGUGUUAAGGUUUCGGAUUAUUGACUUGUAUGGCAUUUGUUAUUGUUGAAAUGCGACGAACAGAACUACCGAUCGGAUGUUGACAACCCAACUAUUUUAACGACAUAGGCUCGACUGAAUAAUUCAGGAAGUCAGCUAUAAAACUGGCAGGAAUGUGAUAUUUCUGGCUGUCAAGGAGAAAACAAUGUGUUCCGCAGAGAGAAAUAUAGACCUUCAACCCAUAUUGUCCGACCCGAGUCUCAUCCUGGAGCUGAAGACAAGGCGCCCUCCGUCGCUGGAGGGACGGGCGGGCUGUGAGACGUGGAGUGUGGACUUUUCUCCGGACGGAGCGUGGUUCGCCUGGUCCAUGGGUCACGGGAUCGUAUGGGUCGUCGCUUGGCCCCUUGACUCCGAAGAGAGCCAGGCAGGUGAACUGGACAGAGGCGACAAGAGUUUCAGCUGCGGGGAGCCAGUGUGGGGACUUGCCUUUGGACCCAGACCACCCAAGUCCCCCGCGUUGUCCCAUAAAAACACACAGAGUAAAGGGGAUCGGUUACUCCUAGCCACGGGCCUUGAAAAUGGAGCGAUUAAAAUCUGGAAUGUUCUUACGGGUGGUCUUCUGUUUGAUCUCCGUGGCCACGAGGGAGUCGUACGGAAUCUGGUAUUUCCUCAGAACGGAAAACUAACCCUUGUUUCUACUUCUCGCGACAGGACGUUGAGAAUAUGGGACUUGAAACAUAAAGUUCCAAAGGUGCAGGUUCUGACGGGCCACAAGGACUGGAUCAGCUGCUGCUGUGUCUCCCCUGACUGCAGCAUGGUGGCUUCAGUGGGCCGCUUCGACAGAAUGGUGUGUCUGUGGAGCCUUCGGUCGUACACGUUCAUCAGGAACCUGACGGGGGCGCCACACAAGACCUUCUACCUGCUAGCAUCAUGCCACUUCUCCCCCGACGGCGCGCUGCUGGCCACUGCCGCCUUCAGCGGCUCCAGCUGGUGGAUCGACCUGUGGGACCCUUACACUGCAGAUAAGCUGGCCACACUGGUCAACUACUGUGAAAUUUACGGGCAGAACCAGAUCUCUGCGAUCCAAUUCUCACAUGACGGUCUACACCUAGCAAUAGUCACAGAGGACAGGGCGCUUCGUAUCUGGGAGCUGGGUCAGAAGGGGAUGGUGAUGCAGACCAAAGAGGACCGGGCCUCCAACGGACUCUGCUGCAACUUCCACCCGCUGGGCGGAGUGGUGGCCACCGGGACCAGAGACGGCCACGUCCGGUUCUGGAAGGUGCCCGCCGUGGUGCCCACUCUCUGCCACCUCUGUCGCUCCACCCUGCGUCUCUCGGUCUCCACCCACCAGAUGGAGGCGAUGCCCAUUCCCCGGCGAAUCCUAGAGUACCUCACUUACCGCAACAUUCCCGCCCUCCUGCAGACCCCAUGCUCCCCGGAAGACGACUGGGGCAGCUAAAGGACUGAAGGUCUAGCCUGAGGGAUGAAGGUCAGGGCUCAGAGCACGUCCAUGAGGUGGGGUUGGCACGGUCUUGGUGUCGGGUGUGUAUGCGGGUUACUCUUGUGUAUGCGUGUUACUCUUCUAGCCACUAUGACGACUUGGUAAUUAUUAGCACACGAGUAAUGACACAUCAGUUGUUAUUAGCACAUGAGCAAGGACGCAUCAUUGCAGCUUUUGGCGUAUCUUUAACUUACAGUAAAUGGCGAGGUUGUAGUUAGCUGGGACUUAAGAACCACUCAUGCUCUCUGAGAACACCGACAUCAUACUAAGCUCCUGGGGUCCUUAUGCAGAGGCUGUUCAUGGAUGCAAUGACAGCUAGGGGUGGUCAGGAAAAAACUAUGGUUCACUCAUCUUUGGACUGAUGCAAAGUCAGCGCUUUACAAUUUAGUGUGUUUACAUACUUUUAGAGUGGGAGUGUUUCAGUUAAAUGACAAGAUUUUAUUGCUUUUCUGCUAAUGCACACAUUGCAAUUUAUCGAGAUGUACUCCAUAAUUGCACUAAACAAAUUCUUGAUAUUCACACACACUUAAUAUUUCUAUGAUUAUUUAUUGUGUAAAUAAGAUUUUACCUCAUAAUCUACUUGUAAAUAAAUAAAAGAACAUAGGAAGGACAAAGUAGGAAAAGUUUAUUUUAGAUAUUCAACGUUUAAAAAACUGUAACAAAGUGUAAUUGUAUUAAAGACGAGGAAGAAAUUUUGUAAGCUUCCUGGUCUUAAAGUUCACCAUCUUGCAGAUAAAUGAGUGACUCUGCAACUCGGUACAUUCCAGUCCAUUUGUUUGUUUAAACACAUUCAGUCACCUCCAUGUCUACCUGGCAAAUCACUGGAACCUUGUUGGAAGGUUUCCCUUUCAUCCCAGUCAUUCCAUACCAUGCCAAGGUUCCUGGAAUGGGCCGACGUUAUUCUCAAAGUCUUCCUUAGGGGGGAACCGUCACACGUAUUGUGCAAAAACAAAACAAAGAACCUGCAACAUCAACUCCGUCUGGGCGCAUUUGAUACUUGUCAGCAAUAGACAAAAAAAUAAGUCUUCUUACUGAAACGCAGUGGCUGUUGAAUAACGCAAUGACUUCGAAACAUGCUAUGAAGCAGAACUUUUAUACGAAAAAGCCAAGAGUGAUGGUUCCCCGGUCUGUCAACAUCAGUAGACAGAGUAGACUACUUGAGAGCCUCAGAGACCACUAGGUCUCGCACGGCCUGGAAGGCUGCCACCAUGGAGCUCAGCUGGAUCUUCUCAUUGGUUCCUGAGGCCAGCCUGUGUCUAAAUAGAGUGUGUGUGUGUGUGUGUGUGUGAGGGAAAAAUACAUUGUUAAUUCAUGUACCCUUGUUAUUCUGCUAUUUGUUUUGAUUUUCCUCAAGUUGUUGUCUGGCAUUAGUCUGUAUGUAAAACAAUGUGUCUCGUUUUUAUUGUGUUAUGUUUGACGAAUUUAACUUGUGUCUGAGUGAUGCAACUUACUCCACAUCAGCGAGUUUGAUGAGAAGACCCAUCCGUAUGGCUGGGGGGAAAUCAACUGCAAGGGUAAAAGGGAAACAAAACGUUUUUUUCAGAGUGGUUGACCUCACAAAACCACUCUGAAAACAUCAUGCUAUAGAGUGUGUAUUUAUAAAGAUCAUAUAUAACGUAUGAGGAAAUAAAAAAAAUUGACCACU